AUGAGCUUUCUGACGGAUCUCUUUCUCGCACUUAUCGCUCUGACAUCUACGAUCCUCAUCUUGAUGUUGGCGUACCUCGCCAUCCGUCUCACCAAUCAAAACAAGAAGAAGACCAGUCGACAACCAACAUUCAAGCCCGCUCUACUUGAUCUCGAAUCUGGUCGAGAGUCCCGUCUCUCACAUCGCCUCUCACGGCAGCAAAUACAACAGGAGCACUACGAAGACCUACAGCAACGCUACUCGUCCGUACCGCCAUCACCAUCAAUCGAAUUACUCCCCGAGAUCAAGACUAGUGCAAGCGACGACAGAGCGAGCGAGUGGUUGGAAUGCGGAGUUACGGAUGAAGGCAUCAAUGUGGUUCAUGGGGACUUGGGACAGAAGAAACCGGAGAUACAGCAGGCGAUGGUGGUGAGGCCAAAGAAACAGUUGAGGUGGGAGUGGAGAGAUGAGAAAGUGGAUAGUGGCGCCGUGCCGAAGAAAUCUAGAGUUAUUGAAAGGACGGAUAAGGAUGGGAUCGUGUGCGGGGAGUAUCGGACGGAAUGA